GCCACGAUGCCGAGACCAGCAUUCCCAUCAAUGAAAAGGUGACGCGCUCUGCUGCGACGUGUGUCCCCUUCUAUUCAGCUGUCUACAUGCGCGCGCGCUCCAAGGUAGCAUAACUUCACGCGGGCAGGCUCUGUUAUGUGCUAAUAUGGGACAACAAUGGAGAGAAAACGGUGUAUGAUGUCGAUGAUCAACCCACCGAGACAGAAUAGAACAGAUCCGCAACAAUGAGCUCCUCUUUUCCUAAAUCUGAAUCCACGACCUCUUUACUGAAAUCCUCCUCUGCGGCGAGGAGACCGACACACCUCCCUGAACGCCCAGCAGAAACAAGCCGGAGAAGUCAGCAUCAGCAUCAGCAUCAGCACCAGCAUCAGCAUCAGCAUCAGCAUCAGCAUCAGCAUCACCACCGUCCCACCGCACUCCACAGCAGCAGCAAAGCCGAGGAGUCCUUCUGGUCGGCCGAGUGCGACAUCAGUGCCCGGAGACCUCUGUGCCAUCCCUCCCUCGUCGGCAGCCCGGACAGCGGUAGCAAUGAUGCAGCCACUCGGGGCAAGUGUAAGUCACAUGCCCCCCACAGCCAAGUUCCCGACCCGCCAGAGCCAAACGGCGAGGCGGGCCGAGGUGUGAGGGAACGCUGCAGGUCAUCCACUAAGCCCGCACACCGGCACCACCACCGCAGGAAGCACAACCGGGAGGACCGUCCACCGGCGGCAGCAGCAGCAGGACCGCCUGAACCGGAGCAUCCCCGCCGCUGUCACACGCACACGCACACCCGCCCGGUUCCCAGGGUGCCCUCUCUGUCGGACAGCAACGACGACAGGGCUCCUCUCUGUGAGCCGAGGGACCAUAAAGGGCUCCGUUUGACUAACAGUGGCGGUAAGGUCAGCAGUCCAUCCCCGUCCUCCUGCUCCCCGGUCCCGAUGUCCAGCAGGUCGUCUCGCCGCUCCCGGAGGUCCAGUGCUGCUUCUUCUGCAUCCGAAAUCAAUUUACGCACCAUCCUCAAUUCACUGUUUGGGCAGGACAGAGAGCUGCGGCCAGAGGAAAUGGAUGAGUUGCGAGACGCUUUCAAAGAGUUUGACAAGAACAAGGACGGUUUCAUCAGCUGUAAAGACCUAGGGAACUGCAUGAGAACCAUGGGAUACAUGCCUACUGAAAUGGAGCUGAUUGAACUGAGUCAACAGAUAAACAUGAACUUGGGAGGUCAUGUUGAUUUUGAGGACUUUGUAGAGCUGAUGGGCCCAAAACUCCUCGCCGAAACUGCAGACAUGAUUGGAAUAAAAGAGCUAAAAGACGCAUUUAGAGAGUUUGACACUAAUGGGGAUGGGGCCAUAAGCACAUCUGAGCUCAGAGAUGCAAUGAGGAAGUUGUUGGGCCAACAGGUGGGUUUAAAGGAAGUAGAAGAUAUCCUGAGGGAUGUUGACCUGAAUGGUGAUGGCCUUGUUGACUUUGAAGAGUUUGUACGAAUGAUGUCUCGCUAAGAUCAUAAAAUGAUCAGUCCUGAAUGUGAAGCUAUGUCCUUCUCUAUACUUGACCAAGUACACCAGAGGACAUGCUAAGGUCUCUGAGCCAUCCAAAUCUGAAUGACACUGGAAUCAAAACUCCUUGAAUGUUACAGAGUGAGGAGUCACCUCACAAUUUCAAUCAAUAAGUGUUCUUCCUGAAGAGUCUCAGUUUAACUGAGGCGUAAUUUGCUGUAGCCUAGCCUAUGAUUGUCCAACCUGUGUUUUUGCACUUCAAUUCUCACAAAAAAUAACUUCCUGUGUCGAUAGAUUGCUGGUGUCUUGUCUCGUCUUCUAUGUGGUAAAGAAAGAAAUCUCUCAUUGAUGUACAACAAAAUCCGGAUGUAAAAGAUCACAGCACUGUUGAACAUUUCAGUAUGUUUUCACGCAGUAUUUGUUGUAUCAGAGAUAGUGGAGUUGAAUACUUUUUGUGUGACAUUGGUGCUCCACCCAGGAACCCAUGUGGCAAUAUGACAUCUGUAUUGUAACUGUGUGACCAUCUGUGGUUUUUCACUGUGCCAGUCGAGUCCUAGCCUAUAAAAGCAUCAUUGCAUGACAACUACAUGCAA